ACAGUACAGUGCUGUGGAUACAAAUCCUUUAUCUGUGUAUAUUAUGCAGCCCAUCUGGAAUAAGAUUAUUAAGAUAGUGCCUUUGUGGAUUGCUCCCAACCUGUUAACAUUCUCUGGAUUUGUCAUGAUUUUAGUUAAUUAUUUUCUAAUAUCUUUUUAUGACUGGGACUACACUGCCUCAGGUACCAGUCCUGGACUUGUUCCCACUUGGGUGUGGCUGUUCAGUGCUUUUACGACCUUUUGUGCUUAUGCUUUAGACUCCAUAGAUGGGAAACAUGCUCGAAGGACUCAGUCCAGUACUCCUCUGGGAGAAUUAUUUGACCAUGGGCUGGAUAGCUGGGCUACCUCCAUUUUUGUGCUUUCUUUUUUUUCUGUCUGUUCCCGUGACAAUGGGAAGACUGGAGUUUCUGUAUAUACAAUGUAUAUAUAUUUAAGCAUUGUUUUGUUUAACUUUAUGUGUUCACACUGGGAGAAAUAUAACACAGGAGUUCUUUUUCUUCCUUGGGGAUACGAUAUAAGCCAAGUGGUAUUAAUAGCAGCAUAUCUGCUCACCGGUGCUGUUGGUGUGGAAGUCUGGCAGAAGCCUUUCCUGUUUGGUUAUUACAUUACAGACGCAUUAGUAAUGUUGCUUAUAGGUUUCAGUUUAUUUCUUUCAUUUCCACAAACACUAUACAACAUUCGCAGAGCACAUUUAAAGAAAACACUGAAGAAUGAUUCUUUGUAUGAAGGACUCCUACCUCUUGUGUCACCUCUGUUGCUGUUCAUUCUUCUUACAGUCUGGGUGGUUUUAUCUCCGGCCAACAUAUUAGCAAAGCAACCAAGACUGUUUUUAUGGAUGGUUGGGGUUGCUUUCUCAAACGUUAUUUGCAAAGUGAUCAUCUGCCAGAUGAGCAGCACCCAGCCAGAGCUUUUCCAUUGGUUCCUCUUCCCGCUGGCGUUGGUGGUCUACGCAGCCAUCUCCGGGCUGCUGGGCUGGACAGAAGAAGUGGUGCUUGCCGUGUUCACUGCACUGGUCACAGCUGCCCACGUGCACUAUGGGGUCUGUGUGGGGAGGCAGCUGAGUGAGCACUUAAACAUUUACAUCUUCUCCCUGAAGAAACGUGUCCAAGAGUGAACACCUGCACUAUGAUCAGACUGUAACACUUGACAUGGAGAUGUGCAACUCUUCUGAUGUGAUAAAUAGUUGGAAUUAAUCUGUUUAAAAUAACCAAAGAAUAGAAUAGCCCAGAUAUCCGAACCACUGCGACAAUGAGCUAUGCAGCAAGAUGCUUCAUCUCAGAGGAAGAUUCCCGUCCAGCAGAGAAGUGUUUACCAAGUUGUUCUGCUGCUAAUAUUCACUUUAUUAAUGCCGUGUCACUACUGUUUGAAGCUUUUGUCUUCCUCCUCCUUGCCACUGUGUCCAAAAUCCUUGAUAAAUCCAUGCUGGGUUACAUGAGAUCCUUGAUGAUUUAUAACCACUACUGACUUUGCCCAGCCUAGUCACCAGUGGGACCCUGGCAGUGCAAACCCUCCCUGUAUGUCCUUCCCACUCAGACAUCUGUGCCUGCUUCAUUUUCCAUAUUUAUUUUCUAAUAACUCAUUUCUUCCAUACAACCUCCUGAAGUGCUUACGCACAUUCAGCCUUUUCCUCACCUCAAAUGAAUGCAUGAAGAAAAGAGAAUGAGCUCAGAAAGCUAUGGGUACAGUAAAGUGUUCUUGAAGUUUUUUUCCCAGCAUUAAGAUGAAUCUCAGCUGACCUGUAGCUGUCAGAAAUGCUGGCUCCGUACAUAAGCAGCUGGCCUUUAUACUUAUUUUCUAGACAGUAACAAGCACAGUGUUGAUAUUUCAGUAGCAAUAAACAAUACACCCUACAAAGGUAACCAGCUGAGAAUAAGUUUGGCCAACAAACCUUUGAAGAUUCUCUUAUUUCACUGCAAAACUAGUUAGUCAAACCUUAUUUAGAGUGCAAAAUGCCAAGGAAAUAAUUAUUUGCCUGUGCUUGAAACAAGUUAUUGCGGUUUUCGAUAAUGUCAGAAGAGGAAAGAAAAGCUUUUUUUAAACAUUACAUGUUUGCAUGCAGAUGUAAACUGCUCACUUUGCCUAUAAUAUAUGUAGUAUGUAGGUUUUCUGUAUGCCUUGGAGGAAGGAGCAGGAAUUUGAGUUUCGUUUCUUUUCAUACGCUGCCCUAGCCAGAGGGACUUUGUGGCCUUGAAGCACUAAUGAAACAAUCUGUCCACUUUCCCCACAAUAAGCAUUAGAUUACAUUUCUUGCACAGAGAGAUGUGAUUGACAGACUGGCAUGUUUAUUAACUGGUUAAUUGUCUCGCUUGUCAGAAGCAGAGCAAAAGCAUAGUAGUUGAGCUGCUGAGCCUUAAGUGUUUUUUUUGGUUUUUUUUUUCAGUUCUCAGACCAUUUCUCUGGCUUUAUCACUGGCCUGAUCAUUUUUCCUCAGUUAACUUACCCUUACAUCAGUAGCUCCUAUUAAUAUUUUCAGCUAAACAGUGACUAGUCAUAUCUUUGUGAACAGCUUCAAUUUAAGUUUGCAUCGCCUGUUACAACAGUUGACCUACCACAUCGGUAGGGCUGAUUUUUUUGGGGGGUCUUACUCAUCAUACUACAAUCACAGUUCAAGGAGCUUAAGGCUCAAGUUGGGCAGAGGACACAGGUCAUGAUGUUAAUGCUGGUUUGGAGAUUUUACCAAAAGCCCUGCAAGGAAGGAAGGCUCCAGUUCAGUCCAGCUCCAGGGCUGCAGCUGGAGCAAUGGAGAGGCAUCUUCUAGCCUUUCUCCUAACUGCCCAAGGGCUCUCUUUCUCUCUCAGAGUAAGGCUGAGGGCUGUUUAUUUAAUGAGGGUUGCUAAAAAAGGCAGUUCUGACUGAAGAGGAACAACAAGUUUGAUGUAGGCAUGCACCCAGCAAUCUCACUAUUUGAUGAAGCUAAAUAUUACAUCCAAUACCAGAUACACUGCCACAAAAAUCUCACCUAUUUAAGCAGUUUAUAUUUAACCCAUCCAUCAAAAGUAUCUGUAGGAAGUCCUAAUGAGAAAAGAAUUAGAAUACAAUAAACAAAAUACCUCUAGAUUGAAUGUGGUUGUACUGGAAGAACUCUGCUGACAGGCUUCCCUUUUCCUGCCGUCUUGCACUUAUUUAUAAAACAGUUGGAAAUAAGGGUCACAGAAGCAACACAAUUUGAUGCACUGUAAAGAAGUAUUUUGAAAUAUUUAAUUAAAUGAAAUUAUAAAACUUGAACCGCUGCAACUCACCUGCACUUGUACCUUUCUAAAGGGAAAUACAGUAUCACUUUUAAAGGAAAUUAAACUUCAGCCAGCUUUUUCACAUUCUACAUGAAGACAUGGCAAAUAACUUUUUCCUUUUUAAAGCAACUUACCACUAUAAUCUCUAUAAAGACAAGUACAGAAACAGAUUAUGUAUUUCACAGUGUAUAUAUUGAAUUGUUACCCAUAGAUGGUAACUGGUUCAAUGAACAGGAAUAAAAAUGCAUAUUUCAUAGGGUGGUACGGUCACAGAUUUAUUUUGCCAUCAGAUGUAGAUGACCUAACAAUCUAAUAAAUUUUUUGGCCACAACAUUAUGGCAGAAAAUUUUCAACUAUUUGAACUGGAAAAUAUAUAACUUAUUUUUUUAUGCUGUUGAGUAUUCACACUAGCCCAAAGACAAGCCCCCUAGUCUUAUGAAAAGCAAAUAAACUAGUGCUGCUCUCCUAGGCUUGAGUGCCUGGGUUGGAAAUGGGCUGCUCUAGUCCUGGCUUCAUCUUCCCCCCUCUACCAGAAUCCUCCCCUAAGUGGUGCUGGACAGUGGUUGAGCCUCAGCCCUGGGGAUACCUGGAGGCAGCGGGGGGGGCCCAGGCCGACUGCUCCCUGGCAGAACAUAACCAUGUGGCUUCAACCCCUGGCAGAGAGAAAUCCUCACCCAUGGCUCAAAGCCCUGGAGAUUUAGCAGCAACUACUGCAGCAACACUGCUCAUGCUGCAAAGUAUGAGCUGUGAGAAUUACAAUGAAGUUUCCCCCUUUUACUCCAAAACCCUAAUAUUUUAAUCUAAAAUGUGGGUGGCUUUUAGGUACUGCACUGAAUGUUCAUUCCUGAAUACUUGGCAAUUGCAAGAGAAGUCCACUGGGAGUUUCAGUGCCCUUGCUAUAAUACUCUCUCCACCUCCUGGCUGCUGCUAAUUUUGCUUUUUCUGUAUCAAAACUGAGAUGCAACAAGAGAUUUAGUACUCUGAAAUCAGAAAGCGUUUACCUUAAUGAAGAAAGUUCUGUUUACAUGCGCAUUUUCUUUUUUGAUUUGUGGAAGGGGAUAAUGUUGCUGAGCUCUUAGGGAAACAUAACUACCUACACAGAUAAGUGAACUUUUUUUUUUUUAAAGCAGCUGCCUUUUUCUUUCUGCUCCUAAAUGCAGUCACUGAUGAAACAAAAAUAUGUAUUUAAACCAGAAAAGUAUUAUUUUAGAAUGUUUUGAAUAGUCUCUAGAGCUAGACAGAUUUUAACAUAUAUUUUUUUAUUAAAUAUGUAAAAAGAUAAAUGCAAGUCAAGUUAUUCACAUAUUCAGACAAAAAUCUACUCUACCAUGCGACAAUUUGUGGAUAAUGUAAAAUGACUGAUACAUCUGAAUAAGACUUUUUGUAUCUAUUAUGUCAUUACUUAUCUAUUUAUAAUUAACAAUACAUAUGUUUACAUUCCUUUCAGUUUACAUUUAAUAUAUAACCAAAGCUUUAUGGUGUGCUAUUUAGUAAAGGUAAUUACAAAUGCAUAUUAAAACCGUAACGGAAGAAUAGGUUACUCACAGGGGUGGGGGCUGAAGGACAACUCUUUCCCCUUUCAGAGCAUGGCUCUCCCCUCAGCGCAGCCAAUUUCUAGUGCCCACGAGGUACUUUACUGCCCCAGCUCCCUCCGUCGGUCACCUCCCCCUUGUUACAAGCAGUGAGAGGGCUGCAGUCCUCAGACCAGAAACAGGAUAUAAGAAAUUUUCAGGAAAUGAAGUUCAGCUUUUUAAUUCUUUUUU